CCACCAUGUCUAUGAGCAUCUUUGGCGCAGAGGCAACAGAGGAGAAGGCUGAGAAUGCACGGCUCUCCUCCUUCGUCGGUGCGCUUGCGCUUGGCGAUCUUGUCAAAUCGACCCUCGGCCCUAAGGGCAUGAACAAGAUCCUACAGUCAGCCUCCACAGGCGAAAUUAGCGUGACGAACGACGGCGCCACGAUUCUGAAGUCAAUACAGCUCGAUAACGCUGCUGCCAAAAUUCUCGUCAACAUCUCGAAAGUACAGGAUGACGAAGUCGGUGAUGGUACUACAAGUGUCUGCGUACUGGCAGCAGAGUUAUUGCGAGAGGCGGAGAAACUAGUUGCACAAAGAAUCCACCCGCAGACUAUUGUGGAGGGCUACCGAAUUGCCAGCGCUGCUGCUUUGAAGGCACUGGAGAAAUCAGCUACCGACAACUCACAUGACACGGCGCAAUUCAGGCAAGAUCUGUUCAACAUCGCACGGACGACAUUGUCAUCAAAAGUGCUGUCGCAAGACAAGGACUACUUCGCCAACCUUGCUGUAGAUGCCGUUCUACGAUUGAAAGGGUCUACCGAGCUCGACCAUAUCCAAAUCAUCAAGAAGGCAGGCGGCAAGCUCACCGACUCGUACCUUGACGAGGGCUUUAUCCUCGACAAGACCAUUGCUGUUAAUUCACCAAAGCGACUAGAAAAUGCCAAGAUUAUGAUCGCUAACACAUCUAUGGAUACCGACAAGAUCAAAGUCUUCGGCGCACGUCUGAAGGUUGACAGCACAGGCAAACUCGCCGAACUUGAGCGCGCGGAGCGUGAAAAAAUGAAGGCGAAGGUAGACGCCAUUGCAGCACAUGGAAUCAACUGCUUCGUCAACCGGCAGCUUAUCUACAACUACCCUGAGUCCCUGCUCGCGGAAAGGGGCAUUUUGGUUAUUGAACAUGCGGAUUUCGAGGGCGUCGAACGGCUUUCGCUCGUGACCGGUGGCGAGAUUGCCAGUACCUUCGACAGACCAGAUCUUGUCAAGUUUGGACACUGCGAGCUCAUUGAAGAGAUCAUGAUUGGUGAGGACAAGCUGAUCAAGUUCUCCGGUGUCGCGGCCGGCGAAGCUUGUACCGUGGUACUGCGUGGGUCCACGAACCAGAUGAUUGACGAGGCGGAGCGAUCGCUACACGAUGCGCUUUCGGUGCUGUCGCAGACCGUGAAGGAGACGCGCGUCGUCCUUGGUGGUGGCUGCUCCGAAAUGCUCAUGAGUUGUGCUGCUGAGGAAGAAGCCCGCAAAAUCGAAGGCAAGAAAGCCAUUGCCGCUGAGGCAUUCGCGCGAGCUCUCCGCCAGAUCCCCACCAUCCUUGCGGAUAACGCUGGCUAUGACUCAUCGGACCUCGUGUCCCGCCUUCGAGCAGCUCACUACGACAGGCGAGUAGAUGCCGGUCUCGAUAUGAACCAGGGUACUAUUGGUUCGAUGAAAGAACUUGGCAUCACUGAAAGCUAUAAGCUCAAGCGUCAGGUCGUCCUCAGUGCAAGUGAGGGUGCAGAAAUGAUCCUUCGGGUGGAUGACAUUCUUCGGGCAACACCGCGCAAGAGGGAAGCUGUAUAAUAGGUUCAAUAACUGCUAAUGCAAUGCAAUACGAUUUAUUCCCUUGACACAAAAGUAGGCUCUUCGGAAG